AUGGUUCGGCCGGACCUGGAGUUGAUGGACAGGCUCGACUUUAAUCUGGUUAGGUUCGGAGUGAUUGAAAGCGAUCUACUGGAUGAAAUCGACGGACAGGGAGCCAGCGCUGCAACAGGGCGUUUGAAAUUCAGGGCAGCGUCGUCCACGUGGCAGUCUUCUAUUGGCUUGAGAUCACGGAGGAACCAGGAGAGCAAGGAGCCUAUAGCGAGGCACAUGCAAAGCACUAUAAUGAGUAUGGUGACGGUGGUGGGAGGAAGGGAGGACGAGGAGGAGGAGGAGGAGGAGGAGGAGGAGGAGGAGGAGGAGGAGGAGGAGGAGGAGGAGGAGGAGGAGGAGGAGGAGGAGGACGAGGAGUAG